UCUUAUUUUGACCAAUUUCGAAAAUUGGCUUCGACAUUUUGGGGGACUUCUAGCAGGCUACAUAUUGCAAAACUCAAAUUUCAUUCAGCAGAACGCGAUGAUCUUAGAGAGGUGAAAUAAUCGCAGAGUUGAACUUUUUCAGCUAAAUCCAUCAAUUUGAGAAAAAUGUGCUCCAUGAAAAGGCAACCUAAGGCUAUUUUCAUGGCCUUUGGAACCAAAGGCGAUGUUUAUCCAAUAGCAGCAAUUGCUGCAGCUUUUGCUUGUGACCAAAUGCAAUACAAUGUCGUUUUUAUAACACAUUCUGCACAUCAGGAUAUAAAGGAGCAUCUAACAAGAAAAAAAGUCACAUGCUUUCCUGUUUCAUCUCCUCCUGCUCUUUCUCCUUGUGAAUUUAACAACACUUCAGGUUUUCAUGAAGAGAAAAAGAAACUCACAAGUGACCAUAGACAAGAAUGUGUUGUCAUAUUUGAAAACAUCUUUGGUGAUGUGGCGUCCAUGGAGGGCGAUUUGGUCAUUAUAAACUUCUUUGCAUUGGAAGGUUGGAGCCUUUCAGAGGUUUUUGAUGUCAGAUGUGUGGUAGCAGCUCCUUAUGUUGUCCCUUAUAGUGCUCCUUCUUCCUUUGAACGAAAAUUUAAACAAGAGCUUCCACUUUUAUAUGAUUAUCUUCAAACAGCUCCAACCAACAAGAUUUGUUGGAAAGAUGUAAUUCACUGGAUGUGGCCACUAUUUACUGAAGACUGGGGUACAUGGAGAUCUACAAAGUUACACUUAAGCCCCCUACCUUUCACAGAUCCAGUCACAAGUCAUCCCAUGUGGCACAAUAGACCUUUCUCUCCUUUACUACUAUAUGGUUUCAGCAAAGAAGUUGUAGAAUACCCUGGUUACUGGCCUUCAAAUGUUCAUGUUUGUGGCUUCUGGAAUCUUCCUAUGGAGUGGCAGUUCUCGUGCAAAGAGUGUGCACAAAUUACAAUUUUGCCCUCUUCAGAAAAUAUGAACAAAAAAGCUUUAUUGUGUUCAGCUCACACCAAAUUGCAACACUUUUUAAAUGCUCCAGCAUCACAACCACCUGUUUUCAUUGGUUUGAGUUCUAUUGGAAGCAUGGGGUUUAUGAAAAAACCUAAUUUGCUACUUAAAGUUCUUGGAAGUGUUGUAGAGGUGACAAAUUACCGAUUUAUCCUUUUCACAUCUGGAUAUGGACCUCUGGAUGCUGCAACAAGAUUUCUUGCUGGAGAAGCAUCAUCUAAUUCUUGUCAAGAAAUCAAGGAUGGAAUUUCUCUUUUUGGUGACAGGAUUUUUUGCUUCUCAGGUUCUAUACCCUACAAAUGGCUGUUCCCAAAAUGUGCUGCUGCUAUUCAUCAUGGAGGCAGUGGAUCAACUUCAGCAGCCUUGCAUGCAGGAACUCCACAGGUAGUGUGUCCGUUUGUGCUGGAUCAAUUUUAUUGGGCAGAGAGGAUGUUUUGGCUUGGAGUUGCUCCUGAACCCCUCAAGAGAAAUCAGUUGGUCCCACAUGAAGAUGAUGACGUCAGCAUAAAGGAAGCUGCAACUGCUCUUACUAAAGCAAUUCAUUUUGCUUUAUCUUCACAAGUCAAAGAAAACGCCUUGAAAAUUGCUCAGAGAUUAUCUUCCGAGGAUGGUGUGUUGGAAGCAGUUGAGAUGCUGAAACGAAGUAUUAAUUCAUUGUACUAA